GUGUCGAACCUGAUUGGCUUCUGAAUCGACCAAUGCCACAAUUUAGGAGUUAGAUACGAUGCCGUCAUUUGCAGGUAUCCAAUUACAAGUUCUAAAAAUUGCAAUAAUUAGCAGCUUGUUCUUUCAACUGUUUUCCUACCCAUUGAUCUUAAAAUAUUAACAAACUUUAAUAACUUAAAGUGAACUUGCUGUAGAAUAAGUCAGCUUUUCUACAAAAGUAAACAACUAAACUUGUUUUAAGAUGUUUCUGUAAAUAAAUAAAUGUCUGAAUACUAUUCAUGAAGUACAGAAUUAGCAUUAAUAGCUAUGAGUUUAUUCAAGAAAAAUGCUUGGUAUCAUCUUCUCAAAAUUUUUAGUUGGUUUAUAGUAUUCUACUGCAUAAAUGGUAUAGUUAUCAAUGCACUACCUGAAGUAUCAAAAUAUACGUCAGACUACGAAGGAUUAGCAGAAUUCUCUAUGAAUAUAGAAGAAGCUAAGAAUGAGACAGAUAGCAGUGAUGGUUUCUUUGGAACUGUUUCCAAGAACAUUAAAAAAUAUUAUGGAAUUUUUACAAAAAGUUUGCAAGCAGACUUAUGGUUAGCAGUGAGCAUCACUUUUGUUUUAGUAUUUUUAGCAUGCCUUGCAGUUUAUACGCUUGUUAAUGGUGUACAAGUUCUUGCCGAUUUAUGUAAAUGCUUCGGAAGACGAGGAAUUGUGGAAUAAAUGUUCAAAUAUUUAUGAUGGAAAUAAUGCUUUAUUCACGGAAAACAUAUCCAUAUUUUUUUUCUAUUCCUGAAAACGGAAUGUUUGCAAGGCAAAUAUUUUUUGAAUGUGUUCUACUUGUAAAUUCAUUUUUGGAUAAGUGCAUAUUAUUCUUUUAUAUAUGAAUUCUGCAUUGUAUUUACUUUCAUAUAUAGAAAAGUUGUAAAAUUUGUUAUAUAAUAAAUAUUUCUGUGAGAGCA